CCCGACGUACCCCCUCCCCUCCCCGUCAGUCUCCCUAGGUUACCCUGUAUCCCCCCGCUCGUCGUACACCAGGAACAACUUUAUUUCGAUGACGGACUAGGGGCUCCGGGGAAAUGUCCUCAUGGAAGGAAAUGGGGAGAGAUCGGCAAGGAGCACAAGGAGGCGAGAGGGUUGGGGUUGAGUGAUGUGGAGAUGGAUGAUUUUAUGGUCGAUCUAGGGGAUCUGGUUAGUAAAGAGUAUGACGCGUGGAUCGAGAGGUGUUGGGUCGAAGCGUUUCAUUAUACGUACACCGUCUCCCUCCCAGCGAUGAUCAUCGGGUUCAUCCAGUGCGGCGCCACCCCAACUUUCCUCCGCAAGAACAUUAUCUACGGAGGAUCCUCCAUCGAUGCGCUGUUGGCACAUAACUUCAGGAUCUUGUUGAGGGAGGAACAUGAGAGGAGAAUCAACAUGGGCCCUAGCCCGCAUUCCUUGCUGAACACCAACCCGGCUUCGGCGGGAUCGGGCAGCACGUCCAAUUCGACUUUUCAGCAUCCGUUGCAGAGGCACCUCUGGGACCCGGCUAGGACGGGGUAUGGGAACGGAGUGUGUUUCUACGACUUGGCGUUGUUGCAUGGAAGACAGGGGGACGAUCACGCUCCGUGCAUGUGUGAUUUGACGGCGUGUAGGACUUGUUUCCACGAGUUGCUCUACUUCCGGGGAAGGCGUGAGGUCAUUCAUCCGCAUGAUGACGAGGAAGAUGAGGAAGAGGACGAAGAUGUGGACGGCGAUGAGGAAGAGGAAGAAGACAGGCUGAUGAGCAGGACGAGCACUCGCAUCACCAUCAUCGACACCAUCGUCAUCGCCAUCACCGACACCAUGGGGAUGAGGACGAGGAAGACGACGAGGACGAGUUUGAUGACGGAGAGUGGUUACGCACGGCGGAUGUCACCUCUGCAGAUCAAACCGCCCGACUUGUCCGACAUCAUGCUUGUCGAAGAGCAUCUUCGUACGAGAUUACACUACAUGGCAUCGCCCGAUGUCGUCCUGCGUUACGGCGACGAAGAUGAAUUCAUCCCCUCCAUGGAGUACGUGGCGGUACCCGGGUCAGGUGGUGGUACACCGGUCGACGAAAAGGCAGACGGGAUGGCCAAUCCGAGCCCCAAUCCCGCGACGCCGGCUGGACAGGCCGCUAAAAAGGGUCCUACCAAGAAGAUCCUACAAGGUCGAAAGAUGAAGGGAGGCCGGGUCGUCAAGGGUGGGAUCCCUCCCAAGAUUGUCACGGUGAACAAGGAAGAGACGAACGGGUCGAAACCUAACGGAGAUGGUCUGACCGGCGAGGUCCAGAUGAAGCCCCGGUUGAAUGGCAGUCAAUUGCCCUUGAGCUGGACGAUGGAGAGCGCCAACUCGAGGAAUAAUGCGGUCACCUUGACGUAUAGGCAUCUCGUCAGGCACUUGCACGCCACUGCACAGCACAUGUCGCCGUUCGACUUUGACGAGUAUGCUGAUGACGCCGCCGUGUUGACCGAGAUCCAUCCGCUUGCUGUGUAUCGAAGACUCGUGGAGCCCUAUGUCAGAAGACGGGCAGCUCAAUACGACGAGAUGAAGGCCCGAGCAGAGGCUGCCGGCACCGAACUCGCGGACCAAGAUUCACCGGGUUCCGAAGUCCUCAAAGUCGAUUAUAACGCGUGGAAGAACUGCAUGGAAAAGUGGGAAAAAGAGGUGGCCAUCAGGGAAAAGGAAGGAGGCAACGCCAUCUUAAAGACCCAGCCAGCCAGGGCGGUCGCUUUCUAUACCCAAGCAAUCUGUCUGGACAGCGAGAACCCGGUGUAUUAUCUAAAUCGCGCUGCCGCUUUCAACGCCAUCGAGAACUAUGAGGACGCAGAGAUCGACUGUUCUCGCGCCCUUAAACUUAACAAGUCGCAUCUCAAGGCUUGGUACCGCCGUGCCAUUGCCCGUAAAGGCCUCGGCAGACUCGACGAGGCCGAACAAGGUGGGUUUCGUCUAGUAGCUCCACAUUUGCAAGAUCAUCACGCUGAUUAUAGCUACUGCGAUACAGACAUGCUGCAACUCCUCUCGCAAGCCCCUAACAUCCAAGCAGCUACGGCGGAACUUGCAGCCAUCCGGAAAGAGAUCGAGGACAUGAAGAAGCGGGAAGAGGUCGAUGAGGUCGAUUGA